AACCAAGUGCUGCCCCUACUGAUGUCAAGGCUACAGGACUGUCUGUUUCAGAGAUUCUUGUUGCGUGGAGUCACAACAAAGACAGCCUGGGAAGACCUCAGGGAUUUGAGGUUGGCUACUGGAAAGAUAUGGAAGAAGAAGAAGCAGCUGAGAAGGCCAGGUCAGAAGGGAAUGAGUCCUCUGUCAUUCUCACAGGGCUAGAAGGCAACACCUUGUACCACCUGAGAGUGAAGGCAUACAACUCAGCAGGCUAUGGACCACCAAGCAACAUUGUCCAUGUGGCCACUAAGAAAUCUCCACCUAGUCAAGCACCAAACAUUAUGUGGGUUCAAGAUGGUCCCCAUAUUUCCCUGGGAUGGGAGCCUGUAAAGCCUUUAGCCAAUGAAUCAGACGUCAUGGGAUACAAGGUGUUGUUUAGGCAAGAAGGACACAGCAAUAGCCAAGUAAUUGAAACACAGAAAACAUCUGCAGUGGUGCUUCUCCCUGACAUAGGGGUCUAUAUCAUAGAAGUCUGCGCAGUGAGUGAAGGAGGAGAUGGCACCCCGAGCAGCCAAAUCAGGAUACCAUCCUUUUCAGGUGGAAAAGUCACAAAUUCUCAAUCCAGGCUAAAUGCUUUUACCACUUCUUCAUCAACUGUAACAUUUCUAUUGGUAUUGAUGGUCCCUUCAACGUCAUGGUGAAGGAUGAAGACGGAAGACUUUUAUCAUUUCUCUGGUUGCUUUAGCAUGCUAACACCAACGGAUGGAGUUCUACGACCAGGGAGAAAGCAGAAGCCUAAUUAUCAAAGGAAUCUCAAAGGUGCUUUUUCAAAAG